CAAUCUCAAUCCCGACCCCAGCGACACGACGAAUGCCCUUUUGAAGCAAAUCGUGCAGAUCGGACUCGGCAACCUCGCUGAGGCAGGCACCGCUCCUGUAGACCCAGGAUCUACGUGGUCGCCAUCUGCGUUGGCUGUGAGGAUCCAGUUGGUCGCAUACGCAAGCUUGUCCAUGAGUUUGCUCGCUGCAUUCGGGGCCGUACUAGGCAAGCAGUGGCUCGGGUACUACAAGUCGAACAGGUAUGGCCGCGGCUCGGAGGAGGAACGAGGCAAACGCAGAUCUCACUCCUUCUCUUCGGAAUCGCCCUCGGAGCCAAUAUGUGGUACGAGCAGCGGAGCAUCGCCUGGGUCAUCAUCGCAACGACGGCCUUCGGAUUUCUGUUCUAUUCCCUGACGGUGAUGGCAUGUUUGAUAUCUCCUGCUUGUCCAUUCCAGACACCAACAUCGACGAUGUUACGCAUGUCGCACAUCGACAGGGUUCUACACCUGCUAUUCAAACAAGCCUCCAGUUAUUUCCAGCAGCUCACGAAGUCGCUGCACAGCAUGCUGGAACGAUUGCUUGACAUUUUCAGACCAGGAUGGAACCGAUUGUCUGAAGUAUCUAGAGGCCCUGUACAUGCGAUCGGAGCAUUCGCACAGCGAUUUCUUCAGCAGCUAAUCACUGGUCUUCAUAACUGGCUGCGUUUUGUCCCGCGCUUUUCCACAAAGGUCGUGGACUCGGAAGCACAAUUACUUGGACCGAAUUUAGAUGCUUGGUCUGGCAAUGACCACAUCCUCGCCCUCCCUGACAUACCUACCAGCAAUCUGGAAGCACCUAGCGUCAAGUGGCUGCUCGAGACGUCUACGGAUCCUGAAGUAUUUCUUGCCGCUGCGAGCCUUGUUCCGCAGGUCGAAUGGCCCCUAGAUUUUGACGUCUCAGACAUGCUGCAUCAGCUGUAUGAUACUUAUACAAGCUGCGUCGGCUUCCAUGGGCAAGUUAUACCGUCGUUGAAGGGAAAGGCCUCAGCUUGUUCAGUGGCUAUGAGUCAUUUAUAUUGUGGCCGCGUUCUUCAAGCAUAUCCUACCCGUGGCGAAUUUCUUGGUUGCAGCAAAAGAGACUAUGACACGUUUCUUCAGAUGACUCAGCGGGACAUAGAUAAAGCCGACAAGAUGGUGCUUACUGCAGCUAUGAAUCUUUGUCUUCCGCAAGAUGGCGAUGACAGCUUUGGGUGGAUUUUCUUGUAUGGUUGUCCCGACUCUGUCGUGGAGUGGCUGUCUCAUUCCCUUCCCUACUACUUUGUCACUAGGCGAACGAAUGAAGGUAUGCAAGAAAUCGGCACAAAUGUGAUAUCAAAACUGCUCUCAUCUACAUCCUCUCCAUCGAAUCAAAUCAUAGCCAAUUGCACUCUUCUUGCUUGCGUCAUGAUCGGGGUUCAGUUUGACAAGAAGGACAUAAUUCGGAUUGAUAAAAGUUCUGCCCUGCCUCGAUUUGCGAAUACCCUUUUGGAGCAAUUCGAAAUUACUCUCCGGACACGUUAUGGAGGUGAUCUCAGCGACGACAGCACAGCCAGCGCAUCUUGUGACUACAUCCUCAUCGAAGUCAUUUGUCUUGUGCUCGAGUCUGCCAAAGAUUACUAUAAUUCUAGUUCUUCAUUGCACGCCAUGCGGAACCUGGAUGUGUGCAGGAAGAUUGACUCACGAAUCAGGUCAUCUCGGGCCGAACAAAAUUCUCCCCGGUACCUGUUGGAGGAAAUGCAAAAUGCACUGCCAAAUGCACUGCGCUUCACGCUCACUGCUGCCAAAAUAUCUCGGGACCCUGUCAAAUUGUGGCAUUGCCAGUGUUUAGGGACAGGUGAUUCCCAUUCACCAGAAGACUUUGACUGGCUGGUCGACUACCUCGACGAGUGCAUUCGCUUCGACGAGAAGGAAGUUUCAUUUGACAUCCUUUUAGUCCUGUUUGUCAUCAAAGUACGCUACAGCCCUGCUAAACAGCAUCAGUUCUUCAGUAGCCUCGUCACCUGCUUGCAUACUGACGAAUUACGUCAUGCUGCUCUUCGCCUUGCCCACAGUGCCCGAGAAGAUAUAGUCUUGAUCGAUGCCAUUGAUGAUGCGGAGCUGCAGAACAUGAUCUUGACCGAGUUCUCCCCCGCUAUCCUGAGUGCAGUUCGUCCACAACCGGGUGUGACACCCUCCUAUGAUAGUCCUGAAGGCUUCGCCCGUGAUCAGAGCGACUUGUGCUAUCUCGAACUACUCUUUGCCCUCGCGAGGAAUUCCAACUGGCACCUCUAUUUGUUUGUGGAUCAACAUAUAGAUCGAUGCAUUAGCAUGGUUGCAAAGUACCACGUCGGGAAACAUGCAUUUUACCUAGCUGGCAUCCUCCUCCGGAUCGCAUCCGAACAUCCGUUGGUUACAUCUCUCAAUUCUAUUACAGAGUGGCGGUGGUGGAACUUGAUGAGAAGUGCAUGGAGCCAUGCCAGCUCUACAACCAACGACAUACAUUGUUUCGAGUUCCUUCCCGUCCUUGUGGAAGGCACGAAGAGGUAUAUGCGCAUUGCCGCACAGGAGAGCUAUUCGUACGUUGGUGGGCAAUUUGAUCUCGAGAACCUCAUUAGACAUGCGGAUAGUGUUCUUAAUGCACCAGAGGUGCGAGAUUCACAGCAGGGAGAGGGUGAGAGUGUUGCCGUUGCUGUGAAAGAGUUGAGGACUGCUGCCAGCGAUAUGCUUGAGAAGUUGGUCAGCAGUCAAGGAGUUGCUAGUGCCUGAUUAUCACAGUAUUUGCGUGUUGUGCUAGCGUCCUGGGACCAGAGAAAGGGAUGGAGCGAUACAACUGGGAGGGGAUGAGUAUCGCGACUGAAACAAUAUUGAUAUUCAAUAUAUAUAUGCAUCGUAGU